AUGACAGCCUGGGCAGAAAAAGUCAAGUUUACGGUCGUGGCCGGUGCCGGAUUCUUCACAGAUGGGUACAUCAACCUUACUAUUAGUCUCGUUCUCCCAGUUCUCGGCUAUCUCUACUUCGAAGACGACGAGGGCAGAGUCCCACAUGUUGACAGUGACAUCAUGAAAGGCUCGCUGAGCUUGGGAAUGAUCGUGGGGCAAGUUGCCCUCGGCUUGCUGGGCGAUGCGUGGGGUCGUCGCGCAAUCUACGGUAAAGAGCUCAUCAUUACGCUCUUUGGGACGCUCAUGGUUGUCCUUCUUCCCUGGAGAGGACUGUCUCCGCGGGCCAUCACAGCUUGGAUCUCGGUUUUUCGUGUUGUGGCAGGAGUUGGAAUUGGAGCAGAUUACCCGUUGUCGUCAGUUUUGUCUGCCGAGAAGCAGCCAUUAGGUUCACGAGCGGUUCAAGUGUUGACUGUCUUCUCCUUCAUCGGGCUGGGUAACUACGUUUCCAGCAUUGUGUUUCUCAUCUUGCUACGCGCAUUCAAGACCGCAGUAUUCGACGACGCUCGUGCGCUGGAGUGGGUUUGGCGCCUGCAGUUGGGGCUGGGAAUGGUUCCCGCAGCGCUGACACUGUAUUCACGGCUUACAAUUUCGGAAACCAAGCCGUAUCAGCAAUAUGUUUCCAAACAAGGGGACGAGCCUGACAGAACUGUCCGCCACCAGCUUCAAGACUUUAGAGACUACUUUGGCCAAUGGAAGAACUUCAAGGUUCUCUUCGGAACUUCUGCAGCAUGGUUUCUCUUCGACAUUGCAUACUACGGCAUCAACUUGAACCAAAGCAUCAUCCUCACUAAGAUUGGCUACGCAAAAGGUCCAAAUGCUUGGACAACACUAUGGAACAUUGCUGUUGGAAACAUCAUUAUUCAGUCCGCUGGCUAUCUUCCCGGCUUCUACAUCGGCAUUCCAUUGGCAGACUCCAUCGGCCGCAUCCGACAGCAACUGUACAUGUCGUGUUGUGGGUGCGUUCUGUACGCAAUCUGGGCGGGCAUAUCGGUUCCGUCCGCACACACUUCAACGGCAGGCCUGAUGGUCAUAUUUGGGCUCUCGCAACUAGUGGCCUGCGUUGGCCCGAAUUGCACGACGUUUUUGUUGCCCUGCGAGGUAUUCCCUGCUCGUGUGAGAGGAACUGCGCACGGCAUCUCUGCAGCUAUAGGCAAGUGUGGCGCGGUGCUUACAGCCUUUGCGUUCGGCACGGUCACCCAAAAGAUUGGACUGCCCGGUGUUCUUGGUUUGUUCUCUGUCACAAUGGCCCUGACCGCUGCUGCGACGCUUCUCAUUCCAGAGCCCGGUGGCAAGACCUUGGACGAUAUUGAGACUGGCUUGCGUUGCGGUCGAAUCCGUUCAUUCAUCACCAGUGGCCGCCUCCAAAACGACAAGUCCGAAACAACAAUUCAAGGUAUUAGCGACAAAACUUGA